AUGUACGAGUCGUAUCAGUCCAAGAGUCGCCGCUUCCGCGACUCCUGCGAGCAGAUUCUCAGCGCGAAUGGACUGCACUGGGUCGGCGACAAACAGUUUGAAGAUUACUUGACAGCGCAAUUCUUCCUCUGGGAGAACUCGCUUCUUACCAUCCUAAACGAGUCGAUAUACUUCCAAGAAAAAGCUCGCUUCGAGAAAGGCGAGGACACCAAUCUGUAUUCACCAAUACUUAAUCAUGCAAUAUGUGCGCUCGGAGCUUUUCAUUCCACUCGUCCAUUUCCAGCAGCUAUCCCAGCGGAUGCGAAAUGCGACUUCUUCGCUGCUCGGGCCAGAGUCUUAAUAGACCUUGAGAUGGAUCAUCCGACAUUGGCUACAGUCCAGGCUUUGAUCAUCCUAUCUUUCUAUGAAGCUGGUCGAGGGGACGAUGCUCGUGGUUGGCUAUACUCUGGCAUGGCGGCUCGAAUCAGUGUCGAUCUUGGCUUGCAUGUUGACGGCCAACCUGAUAUCAUGUCCGUGACGACGAAUACAGAUAUGCUUCAACUCCGCAGAGGCUUGUUCUGGGCUUUGCAAGCCACGGACGUGUUCUGGAGCUGUUAUCUCGGUAGACCGCUCGCUACCGGGGAGCUUGGGUCAAACGUCCCUCCACCCAUAGUCGACGCGGUACGCGCCUGGAGAGAUCCUACGCUAGAGCCGGGUCUCGAUGCACCGUCAGAAGCCCAGUCGAGAAUUUCGCCUACAGUCCACCGACAAUUUUGCACUUUGAUUUCCAUAAUGACACAGAUUCAAAGCACCCUCUACAUGGGUAAAACAAUAUCGCUACAAGACCAUCUGUCCUUCGUGGCCUCAGUGGAUCAUCAAUUACGGUGGUGGAGAGACUCCCUUCCAUCCGAGUUGCACAUCAACGCCGCGUCUGUCUCAUUGGCAGGAAGCAAUAAAGGUCCUACACUCCUUCACCUUCAUAUGCAGUAUCAUACAAUCAUGAUACUCCUCCAUCGGACCCUCAUUGCACCUUUUGGCGACGACUUGCCAUCACAGACACGUUCGGACGAGGAACUUCAGACGUGCACAGAAUCCGCAGAUGAAAUAUGCCUGCUCCUCAAGAUGUACACGACGUCGUUUUCCACUAGGACCAUGCACGUACAAUCGACCUACGUUGUGCUGACUGCUGGCCUGAUCCAUGUCUACAAGGUCCACCGAGAGCAAACAUCAACAUCAACAAGAGAGACUUCCGCUGCAUCAGACAAUUUGACGACCUGUAUCCAGACCUUGGGUGAGAUGAGUAUCGCUUUCAAGAGUAGCCUACGGGCUCUGGACAUCCUCUUAUCGGCGAGACGUCAACUGAGUCAUGACUGGUGA